AACCACAGUACACCUCUGGAAAUCAGACACGUACCGAUUUGACCCUGUUAUUUGGUUUUCUUGGAAUCUUCCAGCCAUGAAACUGUUCAUCUCUCUGGUUCUCAUUACUGUUUGGUUCUCCACAGUGCUCGCGCUGAGAUGUUACCACUGCAAAUACAAAGACAGUUCAUCUGAAGAAUGCAAGCAAAAUCGAACAAAAUGUCCUCUGGAGUGUGGCUCUGUCACCAUAUACAGCAAUGGCGGUCCAUUAUAUAACAGUAACAAGAACUGCACAGAUCCUGCCUUGUGUGUUAUUGACCGCAUAAACCUUGGACAAAACGAAAGAAUCUUUAAUCCCCAAUGCUGCGACACUAACCUCUGCAACACUGAAGAGGCACCAGCAAUGCCACGAUAUUCCAACGGGAUGAUGUGUUACACGUGUGACUUAUUUAGUAGAGACUGCUCAAAAAUUGUGACCUGCUCAGGUGAUGAGAACAAGUGCUUCAGUAUAAAAGAAAGUAUAACUGGCAUAAAAACAAAAGGAUGUGGGAACAGUGUAAUCUGUGAGAAUAGUGUAUUAAAUACUCUGGGCUCUAUGGCUGGUGCUCAGACGACGUGCUGUGCAGGAAUUCUGUGUAACAGCGGUCAGUGCUUGAAACAGAGUCUCUUCCUGCUGCUGGUGCCGCUUCUUUCUCUCUUUUCCCUCUGAUAUGUUUUUGGAUCUCUAGAGUUUUUCUGUGAUUUAUAGACAUCCAGUUUUAGUAGUAGUAGUAGUAGUGGUAAAUUAAGAAUAUUUCCAUAUAAUCAUGAUGGUGCUUCUUCUUCUUCUUCUUUUUCUUUCUUUUUUUUACUUUCUCUCUACUGGUUUUGGUAAAGGAAAACAUACUUGGUUAAUUGAAGAUAAUUCUUUAUUUUUCAAUGGGGGUAAGAUAGGGCACACAAUUACUAUGCACAUCUGUCGUUUUUAUUUAUCAUGUCUCCACCAGCUAGCUGUCCACACUGGAUUUGAAAAAAGAAUGACCUAAAUAUAACAGUCCACCAUAAAGAUAAAAAAUGAAUUAUACAA